AUGAGGACGAGCAACCAUGUGAUAGGUCUGGUCAACUUCCUCACCUUCUUACUAUCGAUCCCAAUCCUCGGCGGUGGAAUAUGGCUGAGCAGCCGAGCAAACUCAACCGACUGUUUAAGAUUCCUCCAGUGGCCACUCAUCGUCAUCGGAAUCUCAAUCAUGGUCGUAUCACUCGCCGGAUUCGCCGGAGCUUGUUACCGGAACAAGUUCCUCAUGUGGCUAUACCUAGUCGUGAUGCUCUUAAUCAUCGCCGCCUUAAUCGGUUUCAUCAUCUUCGCUUACGCCGUCACCGAUAAAGGAUCCGGUCGGACCAUGCUUAACCGGGGUUAUCUCGACUAUUAUCUUCAGGAUUAUUCCGGUUGGUUGAAAGAUCGGGUCUCUGAUGAUGGGUAUUGGGGAAAAAUCAGCUCGUGUAUUAGAGAUUCUGGAGCUUGUAGGAAGAUCGGAAGGAAUUUUAAUGGUGUCCCUGAAACUGCUGAUAUGUUCUUCAUCAGAAGGCUUAGCCCUGUAGAGUCUGGCUGUUGCAAGCCGCCAACAGAUUGCGGAUAUUCAUAUGGGAAUGAGACGGUGUGGACAGCGGGAGGAGGGAUGAUAGGAUCAAACCCGGACUGUAUGCUGUGGAGCAACGACCAGAGCAUGCUCUGUUAUCAGUGCAGCGCUUGUAAAGCUGGGGUUCUUGGGAGCUUGAAGAAGAGCUGGAGAAAAGUGUCAGUGAUCAACAUUGUGGUACUUAUCAUUCUCGUUAUCUUCUAUGUGAUUGCUUAUGCGGCUUAUAGGAAUGUCAAGAGGAUUGAUAAUGAUGAGCCGGCCGGUGAAGCUAGGAUGACAAAAUCACACCCUAGUCAUUUCCACCUUUGA